AGAGGAGAGCUCAGGGAGGGCGCCUCGGGCUCUCACCCCCAAAUUUGGGCCCCGUAUCCAUCCUACGGGCUCCUGAGCUCCGCACAUCCCUCCCAACCCGCGUUUCCUUUGCGCAGACGUCGCCGCCAAGCAGCCCAAGGGCAGAGAGGCGCAGCAGGAGGAUCAGAUAACCCCAGCUGCCCCAAGGACGGCUAUUUUGGGACGGCCGCCGCGCCGUGCUGCCCCACGGGGAAGGGAGAUGUCAGCUUGCCCAGCCUGGAGGUCGGACGCAACCUCCAUCCCAUGCUGGAUGUGGGCUCUGCAGAGCGUUGUCUUACAUCUUAGCACUCGUAUUUAGGGCUCAAGCUCAAGGCUGCCCUAACGACGGAGGGAAACGUUUUCUUCUGCUGACAUUGUAAAUUCCACAAAGCCGUCGCAGGAAGGGACGGAAAGGGCCGAGCUGGGCAGGGGGACGAGGGCACCGAGCUUCCCAGACUGGUGUUGAGCUGACGGCUCUGUGGUUGGACACAGGUUGGUGCUUGGGCUGAAUGACAUAGUUGCUCUUUUCCAACCCUAUAAGUGGGCACAGAGGAGGGGGGCCGAUGGUUGGACUGGAGGAUCUUAGUGGUCUUUUCCAACCUUAACGAUGCAAUGAACUCCAGGCUGGAAAGCGCGUGAAUCCCACAGCAGCUUCGGAACACACGAGAACUUCAAUACUGCAAAGACACCAAAUCUGGAUGGAAAACCAUUGCCAGGGUUCAAGGCUCCAUCCCUGGGUUGCUGAUGCUCCUACAUCACAGUGAUGGAACUCCGCUCCUCUGCACUUGCUGGGUUUUCAGCUGCUGAAGGGUCUCUGCUUCCCACCUCCAUCCUCACAGGCCUUUAUUGGUGCCGUCGCUCGUCCUCCCUCCAUCUGCAGCCAGUUUGGCUCCAGCUCACUCAGCGCAGUCCUCAAGAGGUUCUCCAGCCCCAACCCUGGGGAUACGGCCUGGGACAGCAGCAGUGCUGCUCCUCUGGGCAGGGUGAUGGCAGUCGGCUUGUUUUAAUUUGUUAAUUAAGGGAUUAGGCCGCUCCAAGCCGCUGUUAUCCAAACUCAAAGCGCUCCGACUCCCAUCGAGGACGGGGCACAACGCCCACACAGCAGACUACAGACCCAACCUUUCAAUUAAUGCAAUUACCAUCACCUGCCACAACGCCGGCCUCAUUAAGGAAUUAACCCUGGGAUGGGUUCGACAGCAGCACGAGGGCGUGGGGUCACCGCGAUCCCUGUGAUGACACCAGGGGUCUCCGCCACGCUUUGCCCCCGGGGAGCAACAGCAGAGCCCCGCUGCUCCUCCCCUGCACCCCAACCUCAGGACCCCCCCAUCGUGAGCACCAGAUCCCCCUUUGGAUUUCCAUAGGCUGCCCCGGGGGGGGGCUCCCCAUCACCCCACAUCCCCACUCUCCUCUGCACCGACAGCUUGGCACAGCAGACGGGCACGGCUCUGCUUUUGUUAAAACCCGGCACGGCUGCAACCCGUUGGGCCCUUGAUGGAACGGGGACAGCGACACCGCGGGGACCCGCGAGCUUCUCCCCGUCCCGAUCCAACGCAAUGGGGACAAAAGCUUCGUCCCCCGCCCCUCAGCUCCGCCAUCCCUGGGCGCGCAGCGCGGGGACACCGAGCACCAGGAAGCCGCUGAGAUCGCACCCGAAUCCGGCAGCUCUCAGCGCAGCGCAUCCCCACCCCCGGCAGCUGCAAGCGUUCCGCUCCGGGUCCCCAACAGCUUCCCCCCCCCCAAAAAAAAAUCCCGGUCUGAUUUUAGGGGUGGGAAAGAAGCACGGAUGCGACGUCGCCCAUUCGCCCCGCGCCGCCCAUCACCGGCACGGCGCUCUGCGCUCCUCUCGCACAUCUCCAGGAGGGGGAAGCAGAUCCUCAGCUCCACGUUCCUCCUCCGCCCGACCGCGGUGGUGGGAGACGCAGUUUUGCGGCAAUGAAGGCAUCCCGACAGCCGGAUGGGAGCCUCGGGGAGGAGAAGGCAGCCCGGCUGCGCCCCCAGAGCACCGCGGUGCUGUUGGCCGAGAGCUGCUGCGCCCGUUCCAGCGCACCGAAACCCAGAGAAACGCUCCAGGAAAAAAUAAUAAUAAUAAUAAUAAUCAGUGCUUCGUUAAUGAAACCUCUGCACUUCUGCAGGGCGCUGCCAUCCCGGCUACGAGCGGCAAAAGCAGCGUCCCCACCUCUCUCAGCUCCCCCAAAAUCCAUCCCAAACCGCUCAGCUCCGACAUCUGCCGCGCAGGUUGGUUGGAGCCGAGCGCGAAUCCACAGCCUGGGAUGCCCGCAGCCCGGCUUCCAGGCUGCUCCAAACACUCCAGCUUUUGUGAUGGGAGGAGGAAAAGCUGCCCUGGUUUCGAUGCAUCUGCUCGGCGCCGCUCCUCCUCCUCCUCGCAGCCUUCCUCCUGCACGAGGGCCUUCGCUGAGGGCCGCCCCCAGCCCCGCUCGCUCCGCGGUGCCAGCCGCCGACCCCGUUUGCUCCACGCUCGGCCUCAGCGCCAUCCCGCACGCACCGCCCGCUGCUGUUCGGCCGGCAGCGACGCUCUGACGGCGCUCCGACACCCCGCAACCGACGUGGGGCUCCGCGCCGUGCGGGCAGCGGGAGGGGAGGAAGCAGAUGGAGCUCCGGGCUCAGAGCGGUGCCGGCAGUUUCGGACCGUCCCCACGGGCUGCCGCAGGGGCUCUGGCACGCGGCUGCUUUGGGAAGGCUCCCAAGUUCUGUUUUGCAGCGAAGGGGACCGGAUCCAUCCCAGUUUGAAUCUCUUGGUGCCAAAAUGUCCCUCUGGCAGCUUCCUUCCCAUCCCAGCCUCGCACGGAGCAAAAGAUUCAACGGAACGUCCAUUGGAAUGGAGGCAAACAGCCCCGGAAAGGCAGCUCGGAACGCAUAGACGGGGCUGUGCGCAAUUCCCAGCUCUGCAGCGGGUGAGUCCUUGCGGCACAGGGUGAGCUCCAGCGGUGACACGGAGGCAGAGGUGAGCAAACCCAGCGUCCCCACGAGCACCCGCAGAGCCACAGCGCCCUCAAGCGCGACCUGAACCAACCUGACCCCAAACGCCGCGAUUUUUAUCCUUCCUCCGAAGGCAGACAUGCACAGAACUCGGCUUCAAGGAAAGGGCAAAGCAAAAGAGAGCCCAAAUCCCCACAGGUGGAAGCUCGGAGCUUGGCAGGGCUGCUCACAGCGCUGAGAGCGGCAGGGCAGAGCCGGGUCGUGCUGUGGGCACCGCGGGGCCCCUGUGCUGCGGUGGGGAGGUGGGAGCUGUUGGCCACCGUGUGACAUCGGGUCAAGGUUAAGAAGCUGAAACGCAUCCACAGAUCGAUGUGGGAGCAGCAGAAGAGGAGAGCAGCUGAGCUGUGGGACCGCAGGAGGCUCCUCUCAUCGUCACCCCACGGCACCAGGGCUCUUCCUGUGGGUCAGCAGCCCAACCUGCCCCACAGGCUGAUGUAGGCUCUGGGACAACGUGGUCCCACGGUGACGGCUGUUCCAUGGGUCACCACAGCAGCCCCCUCCCCCGUUUUUGCACACAACGAACCGCAGCGUGGGUUGGAAGCAGCCCCAACAGCUCCUGCCCCACAGCCGGCCCCAAGCUCUGCCCAAACGGACCUCGUGGGCUUCCAACAAAGCACCCUUCUCUUCCUUCCCCAUUUCCAACUGAAUUUCCCCCCCAGAACACUCCACUGGAAGGAUCCCAUCGCCCCCCCAGCCUCCCACGACCCCCAUUCUGCCCCAUACCUGGGGAGGGGUGACCCCCCCCCCCUCUCCCAGGGGUUCUCCUUCCCAUUUGCCAACAAACAGCCAAAAUCCACUCGGCCCGAGGGGCAGGAGCUAAAAAACAACGCUCCCAUCUCCGACCGUUGCCAAGGAAACGAGCUCUUUGCUUUGACAGUUCUGUUUUAAGGAUCUCUGCUGCCCAGCGAGCGAAGUGCCGCGGCGCCGGGAUCCCUCCGAGCAGCGCAGCAUCGCUGACACCCAGAGCUUCUGCCUCUGCCAGACGGAUCUGUGGGGCUGCAGUGCCCCCAUGGGGUCCCACACUGCGCUGCUCCAAAAGCACGGUGAGAAACCGCUGCUCCCUGGGCGAGGAAAGGCAGCGGGGAGCCGCUGCUCGCCGUCCCCAUCCUGGGGUGCAGCGUUGAAGCAGAGACCCUGAGACAGGGCUGGGUGUGGGGGUGCAAAGGGAGGCAAGG